GACAACUCAAAAGGAACUUGAACGAUUGUCUUCAUUCUAUCACUAGUACAGGAGACCUACAGACUAUAGUGCGUUCUUUAUUGUUACGUGCAAAGGCUUACAUCGUCCCCCCCCUUUCAGGAUGGUAUUCAAAAUAGCCGGCUGGGUGUUCAGCUUCGAGCAAGUGCGAACAUGGUUAGAGAAGCAAGGACACCAACACCAACACUUGCCUGACGAGUUCCUUGCCACCGAUCUCAACUACUGGUUCAAAGAGAGAAAUAUCGAUUAUCUGUGGGCCGUCGGCACCGAUUAUCCUCGGAGCUUACAGCCAGUCAUCGUAUUAGUUCGAAGGUGCAGAGAAGAUCCCAAGUCGACAGUGUUCCGUUUCUAUCAUGUCAGGGAGUUGGAUGCGGACCGUGAGGUGAAGAAGCAGGUGUUGGAGGAGAGUGGGCUCAAUGAUGAAGAUUUGCCUUGGGUCACUGAUCAGAGUUUGCAAAGGACCGACCUUGGACCGACCCUGGACUUCAAGGAAACCUGUUUAAAGAACAAUGCCCUCGGCUAGAAAAUUUGAAGAAGCUCAUCCGAUAUGAUGAUUAUUGACCCUAAUACCGUGACACGGUGGCAAGCACGUGACACUUAUGUGGUUUGUUUAAUAGGUCGCGGAC